AUGGCAGCCGUUUUCCCGGCCAACCAGGUCAUCGUCGUCGGCGGUGGCCUUGCAGGCAUGUCUGCAGCCAACACCGUGGUGGAGAACGGCGGCCGAACGCUGCUGCUGGACAAGUCCUCCUUCUGCGGCGGCAACAGCACCAAGGCCACCAGUGGGAUCAACGGUGCUGGCACCAAAACCCAGAAGAGCAGUUCCAUUCCUGACAAUGCCGAGAUCUUCAUAGCUGACACAUUGAAAGGUGACUCGGUUCUUUGCGCGAACAGCGCGGCGGAUGUUGAUUGGUUGGUGGACAAGUUUGACUUGGACCUGUCUCUCCUGGCUCGCCUGGGUGGCCACUCGCAGCCCCGCACGCACCGCGGCAAAGAGCGCUUCCCUGGGAUGACCAUCACCUACGCCCUCAUUCAGAUGCUGGAGAAGGUGGCAGAGAAGACCAAUCGGGCUCGGAUCAUCACCAAGGCAGAGGUGUACAAGCUGCUGACGAACGGUCGAGCCGUCGUGGGCUGUGAGUACAAGAAGGCCGGGAAGUCGAUCAAAGAGUUUGGCCCCAUGGUCCUGGCGUCUGGUGGCUUCGGUGCCGAUUUUGGAGCUGACUCGCUCUUGGCAACUUACCGACCCGAUCUGCUUCACCUGCCCACCACGAACGGUGAGCACUGCACUGGGGAUGCCAUCAAGAUGGGUGAGGCCAUCGGGGCUGCCACCAUCGACUUGGAAUGGGUUCAGGUGCACCCGACGGGUCUGGUAAAGCCCGAUGACCCGGACGCCAAGGUGAAGUUCUUGGCCGCCGAGGCGCUGCGCGGAGUCGGCGGCAUCGUCCUGGACGCGAACGGAGACCGCUUCUGCAACGAGCUGGGUCGUCGUGACUAUGUGACCGGAGAGAUGUGGAAGAACAAGCCGCCCUUCCGCCUCUGCCUGAACAAGGCUGCCGCCGAUGAGAUCAUCUGGCAUGCCAAGCACUACACUGGCCGCGGCGUGAUGAAGUUCUACCCCUCCGGUGAGGACCUCGCGAAGGACAUGGGCGUCCCGCUGCAGAAGAUUGUUGACGCGCACCAGAAGCACUUCGAGGCUGCAAAGAAGCAGGAGAAAGAUCCGGAAGGCGGUCCCUUCCCGGCGUACCCGUCGGGCAAGACCUGGGAUGAGCCGAGUGGCAAGACUGGCAGCGGCAAGAAGUUCUUCCACAACAUCAUCGAUGGCUCCAAGGUUCCCACAGAGCCUUUCUACGUGGCCAUCAUCACCCCGGUGAUCCACUACUGCAUGGGAGGCCUGGAGUGCACCACAGAGGCGGAGUGCAUCGACAAGUCUGGGAAGCCGAUCCCGGGUCUUUACGUGGCCGGCGAAGCAGCUGGAGGAAUCCACGGCAACAAUCGCCUCGGUGGCAACUCUUUGUUGGAUUGCGUGGUCUUCGGCCGCGUCGCCGGUAAGGCGGCUUGCAAGUACACUUUUGGAGCGGCAGACAAGUUCAAGCCGUGUCCCACUCCUGGUGAGAUCAAAGACCUCACAAAGUGA